UAUAUUUCUCUACUUCAUUAUCAUUAUCAGUGUUCUUCGGUCUACACGUUGUAAUGUGCUAUAUAAAUGAUUUCUAUGUCAAAUCAGUGUGUCUAAUUAUGCAGUAAUGGAGCCUUCAAAACAAUAAUCCAUUCUACGUUAUAAGUCGAAUAUAAAACUUCGAUAAAAUUUAAUUUAUUUUCUCCUUGUAACAUUCAAAUAGAUGUAAACAAAUAUUUAAAAUGAACAUUGAAGAAAAUAGACUGAGAACUUUUACUGAUUGGCCAGUAAAUGCCGCUGUCGAUGCUGCUCGAAUAGCAAAAGCCGGAUUUUACUAUACUGGACAUGCCUUAGAAGUACAAUGUUUUUUAUGUGGAGUAAAAAUUUCUGAUUGGAAUUAUGGUGACCAAGCUAUAGCCCGUCAUCGAUUAGCUGAACCUACUUGCCCUUUUGUUCAAAAUCCUUCUAGUACUUGCAAUGUCCCUUUGAUACCAAUUAACAAUUUUGGAUUAGCAUCAUCAUCAUCGACAGAAACAUCACAGGAUAAUAAUGUAGUUGAAUGCCAGUCUACAAGCCCUUGCCAAAAUAAAGAACCUCAAAAGGAAUAUAGGACUGUGUCACAAAGGUUACAAUCCUUUACUAAUUGGCCAAUUUCUUCUAUUGUAUCACCUGAAAAACUUGCCAAAGCUGGAUUUUACUAUCUUCAACAAGAUGAUGAGGUACAAUGUACAUAUUGUGGAGGUGUUCUAAAAAAAUGGGAACUUGGUGAUGAUCCCGAGAAAAAGCACAGAGAUACAUUUCCUGAUUGUGAUUUCUACCUUCAUCAAGAUGGUAUUAACAAGCAAAAAAAUAGUUUAUAUUUAACUAAUGUAAAAUUAAUGCCUGGUGCAACAUCAAAUCUCUCCGACUUAGGAAUACAAAUACACACAACUCCUAAAAAACCACAAUGUGCAACAUAUGAAGGAAGAUUAAGUACUUUUCGUGGAUGGCCAGCAAAUAUUAGACAAACUCCUGAAAUAUUAGCUAGUGCUGGAUUUUAUUAUGAUGGAUUUGGUGAUCAUGUUAGAUGUUUUCAUUGCGAUGGUGGUUUACGAAAUUGGGAAGCAACUGAUGAUGUAUGGACUGAACAUGCAAGAUGGUUUCCUAAAUGUGGAUUUGUGAAUCUUGUAAGGGGACAAGAAUUUAUUAAACAAUGCAUUGACAGCAGGCCAUCUUUGGAUGAAUCAAUUUUUGAAGGUGUGCCAGAAGAUGAAAGCACGGAUACAGCUGAAACACAACCUCCUGUGUCUUCAUCAGAAAUUACAGAAGCAACAUUGAAUGAGUUAUUAGAGAGUCCACCAGCGAUAGAAGCAUUAGAAAUUGGAUUACAUGUGGGUAGAGUAAAACGAGCUUUAAAAAAGCGAAUGGAAGAAAAAGGAACACCAUAUACAAAUUCUGAUGAACUUAUAGAAGAUGUUCUUUGUGAUCAGGUUACAGAAGAAAUGAUAAGGGAGCUACCCAACAGUGGUGUAGAACAGUUUAAUAGUGUCAGAAAAGAUGAAUCUAAAGUAUGUUCAACUGAAAAUGAGAACUCUGCAGUAUCUACUGACAAAGCGGCUUUAGAAGAAGAAAAUAGAAAAUUGAAAGAAGCUCGUUUAUGUAAAAUUUGCAUGGAUAGAGAAACAACUAUUGUAUUUUUACCUUGUGGACACUUAGCAACUUGUGUUUAUUGUGCACCAUCUCUUACACACUGCCUAAUGUGUCGACAAGAAAUUAAAGCCACUGUUCGUACAUUUUUAUCAUAAAUCAAAUAAUAAAAUAUUAGUGACCGCGUU